CCGAGCUCUCCCGCCGCCCGCCAGCAGUCCCGAGGCGCCCGUCCCGGCCGCUGGUCCGCAGCAUGGCCCCGUUGCUCGGCGGCCGCGCCGUCGCCUGAGCCGCCUCCUCGCCCGGCCCGGCCCGGCCCGGCCCGGGCGCUCCGUCGGAGGCCAUGGCCAAGGAGCAGGAGGCGGCGGCCGCCUCCCGGCGCCCCCAGCCGCGCCUGUGCGCCAUGCAGAAGGGCGACAACGGCUACGGCUUCCACCUGCACGGCGAGAAGGGCAAGAGCGGGCAGUUCAUCCGCAAAGUGGAGCCCGACUCGCCGGCCGAGGCGGCGGGGCUGCGCGCCGGGGACCGCGUCGUCGAAGUCAACGGCGUCAACGUGGAGAAGGAGACGCACCACCAGGUGGUCCAGCGUAUCAAAGCUGUCGAAGCCGAGACCCGCUUGCUCGUGGUGGACAAAGAGACGGAUGAAUACCUGCGGAACCUCCGGCUGACAUGCACCGAGGAGAUGGUGCACCCUGGCACCCUGGCAAACCCAGACACGUCUCCAGUCAAAAUGCCCACCAGUGACAACGGAGACGUUUGGAAGCCCCAGGCGGAGCUGAGCUGCCGGAAUCUCAAGAGGCACAAGCACAGCCUGAGUUCGGAGAGUGGGAAGAAGGAUUUGAAUGGCCAAGCCAAGGAAUUGUGCCCACGGCUCUGUCACCUCAGAAAAGGCCCCACUGGCUACGGGUUCAACCUGCACAGUGAGAAGUCCCGUCCUGGGCAGUUCAUCCGGUCAGUUGACCCGGAUUCGCCUGCAUCGAAAGCAGGACUCAGACCACAAGAUAAACUUGUGGAGGUCAAUGGGAUGAAUGUGGAGGGCAUGAAGCAUUCCGAGGUUGUGUCACACAUCAAAUCCAAGGAGAGCGAAGCCAAGUUACUGGUGGUGGACCCCGAGACAGACGAACGCUUCAAGAAGCUGGGCAUAGUCCCUACUGAGGAGCACGUGAGGAGUGGAAUUCCUCAGUCCAUGUCCAAUGGGUCAGCGCAAACACAGCUGAACGGUGGAUCCAUGUCUUCGUCCCACAGCGAUUGCCAAAGCCCCGAGAAGGAAUCAGAGGUGGGAGAACCUGGCAAAAAGGAUCCCUUUGAAGAAAGCGGUUUGGACUUGAGUCCAACGGCAGCGGAAGCCAAAGAGAAAGUACGGGCCAAGCGGGUGAACAAGCGGGCCCCGCAGAUGGACUGGAAUAAGAAGCGAGAGAUUUUCAGCAACUUCUGAGCCCCAUCGAGCAAGGCCCCCUUUCCUUUCCAGCUCCUGCAGCCACCAGACUUUUGUGACAUGCACGAAUUCCGCCUGCUCCUCUCUGGGUGUAGCUCCAAGGCUUUUCCUCAUUAGGUUUGCAUUGCUUUGUAUGAGGCAGAUUUUUAACAGCAUCUCUUCUUUUACAAAAGCAGUCAAAGGGGAGAGAUGAAAAAGGCUGAGCCAUCUUCGUAAACAUGAAGAUCCAACAAAGAGGGAGAAGAGGGGGGUGGGGAACAUUUUGUUUAAUGUUGGGUCACUUAAACCUGCAAUAUUUAGAAUAUAUUAUUUAUAGGUCCAUUUUUAUAUAAAUAAUUGUUUGGGGUUUCUUUAUUCUUUUCAUUUUAGAUAUUAUUUUUACAUCUCAAAGAGAGCACAUUUUCUUUCCACUGAAUUGAUGGCUACGGGUCACACGACCAUGGGCUACAGUGUUGACAUUCUCAUCGUUCUGGCUGACCAUUCCCACAUCUGCACGUCCUCUGUCUUGCUUGAAUUUUGGAAUUAAAAAAAAGAGAGAGAUGAGGGGGCGGGGAGAUGAUUUUCAUCUGGUUUUAGUUAACGCUUGCAAUGCCUCCUCCUAAAGCUUUGUGCACAAGAAGCCCUUUUCUUUCUCAGUUUGUUUCCACACCUCUCACCUCCCGUCAUCCCAGUUCCCCCUUUUAAAACUGCUUUCUGGGGAAAAAAUGCCUCCAGAUUAGCAAAUGUGGGAAUCUUUAUGUUUUGCAAUGUACCCGGUUUACUGCUAGAAGGCUUGCAGCUUUGCCAGCACCUGGCCGGGGUGGGGGGUGGGGGGGGGCAGAGAAACAUGAAUCCUGACAUUUAUAAGGAAUUCCAAUCUGAAUUAAUUUUGGCUGGAAAGAUUCUUUUUAGUGAGAGUUGUGCAAAGCACAGCAAACGGAGGCCAUGAUGUUCCUGGGAAACAGUUUUGUGCUGGCAAAUAAGGGGUGUCCCAAAUAGGCACAAGCCUGCUUUCUCCAAACCACACAUGACACAUUUGAGCAUCACUUACCCCUCUACUGGUUAUUACUCAUUUCCACUUCCAGUGCUGGAAAAGACUUUAAUUUUGCUAAUAGCUUGUUGGCUGUCCAGUGAACCAGUCCUCCUGUUCAUGUUGUACAGAGAGACACUAGAUUUAUGUGAGAGCAACAUUUCUACAGGGUGAGAGACAGCAGCCGGAACCAGAAGGCGGGUCGUCAGUUGAUUCCCUAGUGUUGCCACUCUCUGUACUGUAGAAGGGAGGAUUGCCUCGGUUCUUGAAACUCAGAGGCAGCCAAGUGAGGAGACUCCUUCUUUGGGUGGAGUUUGGAUGCCAUUCAGGGGUACUAGAGCGAGAGUUGAACCAUAGGGAGGAAUCCAUGGGAAGGAGCUUACAGAAAACGCACAGGAGCUGUGCAAGAGGAGGUUACAGCAUGUGUGAAUUACUGGGAGGGAGCUGACUGGAUUUCCUGCCUCCGGCUUCAAAAUGGGAGGCUCAGCCUGAGAGAGAGCAGAGCCCAGGACUGUGGCUUGUCUGUGAUUCUUGCUGGACUUGAAGCUUCUUGUAUGGAUGUCGUACCACACGUAUCGGGCAUGUGGACAAACCCAGCGAAAGGCACCCCCUCCAGAGUAAUCUCUCCUGGGCUUGCUUCUUCAGGCCAAUGCUGAGGAGCACCCAUUAAGCAUUCCUACAGAGAGGGUGGCACUGCUGCAGUGCCUCUGCUGGCUGUUGGCCUUGUUCCUGGGGCCUUGUACCUCUGGCCAAGCCCAUCCACGCAACUGCUUGGAGUGGCACAAAGGGGCUUGGCUUGCUCCCUGCCACCAGAGGCACACCAUGUGCCCGGGCAUGCCUUCGUGGGUCUCUGUGGCCAUGCGCUGGGGCACCUUUCCUGGGGCUCCCUGCAGACUGGACUCAGGCCAGGCGGGUGGCUGUAUGGGCUCAGGAGGGGGUGAGGCGUGCGCCUGCCUUGGGGCUCCCAAAUAUCUUGAACCACCCCUGCUAAGAAGGGUGAGAAAUAAUGGCUCCGGGAUGACAAAACGUUGUUUGUGGCCGGGGCUGCUCAAAAACGUGUUGCCUUUCUUUCGUCAAAUCAUGAAUCGCCUUUCACCUGCUUUUUAUAACCACUUAAAAAACAAAUUAAACAUUGAGCCAUAUGGGAUGCAACUGUUACUUUUUUUUAGAAAGCAGACUUUCAUAUGCAACCCUUUGCGUCAGGGCACAAAUGCAUAUUACUGUUUGAGAAAAUGCUGUCCAGUAAGCCAAGGGCCCUUUGCGGAGAAAUGCAGUCCUGGGUCUCUUUUGUGUGUCUCUCUUUGCAAAUAACUGAGGGGAAAAGGUGCCUUAGAUCAUUUUCCGUUUCUUUUGGGAGGUGGCUGCAGUGGAACAAAGCAGGCUGGGAAAUCUGCAGCCUCUCUUGUGUGUGGCUUCUUUUCAAAGCUAUUUUUGUACAGGGGUUCCCAGAAGGGUUCGACAGAGAAAGUGGAACGUGGGAAACCCCUUUCAGGAAGAGGCCACUGCACUGGUGAUGCUCCUGCAUUUCAGCCCGAAUUCUCCAGCUGAAUUAUUCCAGUCCAGCUUCCUGUAUCAUAAGCAAUACUUAGCUACAGUCCAGGAUUUGCUGCACUAGCACACGCUGUGAGCAUUCGGGGAAUCUCUGGUUGACCAUCAGGACAAUUUUUUUUAAAUGUAGUUUUCUCAGCCACAUUAGCUGGAGAAAGGUCAGCAAUAUCUCCAGUUCCCUCUCUGCAUUCCUCUCCUUGCCAAAUUUAACACCAGCUUCUAUAUUCUGUGAAAAACCUAAACUAUUGCAGCUUCUCUGGUUCACAUGAAUUUGAUUGAUUCGCAUAACUUAAAUCUGCAAUACUUGGAUGUUUCCCUCCUGUUUUUUGGUCACAGAAGACAGACUGGCUGGUCCUCCUGAGCCUGCUAUAGUAAUACUCCCCUGUCUAGAAGUGGCCAAUUCAGCGGGGCUCAAACGAGCAUGGCGACAAGGAGGCGAUCGCUGCUCGUCUCUUCGCUUCUUCAGCGCCUGGCCUCUGAUUGGAUUGGGACUACUGAGCCCAGGGUGAUGUGGAAUGGCUUUGGAGAAGACAUGCCUUGGCCUUCUAAACUCUGCUCCAUGUUUCUUUGGUGAGAGUCAUGAGGUUUUAGGGUCAGGCAUGAACUCGCGUCUGCUGCUGAGAUUGUCCCCCAUCUGUUUGAACCUCAUUGUUAGAUGAGAUCUUUGGAUGGUUUUCCAUUUUAGCCAUCUCAGAAUGGCUUCACUGCCUUUUUAUUUUGUCUCUCUCUCUCAUUGGGUGGCGUCUGUUUCUCAAACUAGGCCAAAGAAAGUGUGUGAGCCUGCUUGAUACGGACCUCUCCGUUCUUUGCCACUGCAUUGCUAUAAACAGAAGCCGACACACACGGAAGCGAUACUCAAAUCCAUCGAAAAGCAUUUCCGAAAUAAGAUUGCAGGUUGUUUUGGGUGAGGGGGCACAUGGAGUUUGAAGUUCAUGACCAAACUGAAACCAGGUAUUCAAAUGUGUAUCAACGAGGGGCGAGGGUCCUUCCCCCUCUUCAUAUUCCAUGAAAUGAUUCCUGGCAAUCUAAAAGCAUGCGCUGCUCUUUACCUCUGCCAUUCUGUAAGCUCUGCAACACUUAGAUCAUCCUGCACAUCUAAUUUAGCAACUCACUAAAAGUUAUGAAAGAGCUGUUACCUGCAUUGUUAAAAUUAAUGUAUACUGAAAAUGUCAAUAAUAAAACUGGUUUCCCAUGUACCUGA